AUGGUCCCAGUGUCACGAAAACGAUCGACACCUACAUCCAGCGACGACGACAUGGAGGAGCCUUAUCGAAAAAGGCAACGCAUGUCGCCCGUCCUCCCGCAAACCCCUCCGCCCGAGCUCGAAUUGUCGCGUCCCGAUAAAAUGGAGUCUUCACUUUUCGACAGCGAUGUGCGGAUGCUAUUGCGGCGAUCGAUUUGUCAGACGUUGGAACACGUUGGGUUUGACCGGGCGACGGAAGAAGCGUUGGAGGCCAUGUGUGCCGAAGUCGAUACAUAUACGACGCAUUUACUUGCUCAAGUCACUUCUUCGAUGAAUAAUGCGAGAAGAAAUAUUCCCAUACCCCUCGAUAUAUCGUACGCGUUUAAUCGGUAUCAAUUGCCUCUCGCAUCAUUAGAACCGCAUCUGCGACCUCCAAUUUCCGUACCGAAGCUUGAAUUAGAAUUGGAACCUGUACCAAAGGAAGAUCCUACGACGAAGAAUGUCAUAAGGAUAUUAGGAGUGGAGCUUAAUGGUGAGGUGGAAAAGGAACAGAAACCAUACAUUCCAAAAGGAUUCCCCGCAUUUCCUAGUAAACACACAUUUAAAUGGACGCCCAAAGAGAGCGAACGCUUAACGGAUCCGCGAAAAAUCCGGGAGAAGGCUGCGGAGAAUGCCAAGAUGGGGGAGGAGGCUCUGAGACGACUGGUGAAGGUUGGGAAGGUGGGCAAAGAUAGGGAAAUGAAACGAAUGGCUGGCAGAGAUCCAAAGAGUAAGGAACGACAUGCGUUGUGGGAACGUACCAUGUUGGAACUGGGAAUUACAAAUUCGGGUAGUGGAAGUGGGAGUGAAAAUACAAGGCUGGCGCUAGAUGAUCGCAGUAUGGUAGUUAAUGCAGAGAAGCAGUAUUUCAGAAAAGGUGCACCGGCAAGAAAAAGAACGCAAUCACAGCCGCAGCCUCCACCUUCGCCUAUGGAUGAGGAUUUGGUGUCAUUAGAGCCGUAG